CCAGUGAGCGGGAGGGCGGGAGGUGCGGGCGGUUUGGGGCCGCGUUGCCUGAGAUGGCGAAGGGUUUUUCUCUCGGCAACUGACGCGAUUUCUGCUGUCUGUAACGGCGGUUGGGGAAGAUGGCUUUGCCGCCAGAAAAAGCCUCGGAACUGAAGGAAAUCAUUCACCAGCAGCUGACGAAGAUGGAUGUUCAUAGCAGGAUUCGAGCAGUUCUUGCUGAGACCAUAAGAGAAGAAUUGGCACCUCAACAUCAACAGUUAUCAGAAGAAGAUCUAAUGAAAGCCUUAGCACAGCGAGGAAUCAUUGAUGAUGUUAUGAAAGAACUCAACUUUGUGUCUGACAUAAACGACAGGGAAAGAAUUUCUACUCCAAAGCCAACUACACACUUUGUUGACAGGCAACCAGCAGUAUUGAAAAAAACAAAUAUUGAUCCAACACGAAGGUAUCUUUACCUUCAGGUUUUGGGGGGGAAAGCUUUCCUAGAGCAUCUUCAGGAACCCGAACCUUUGCCUGGUCAAACUUGCUCUACCUUCACUCUUUACUUACAUUUCCGGAACCAGCGUUUCAGCUCUAAACCUGUUCCGUGUGCCUGUGAACCAGAUUUCAGUGAUGGAUUUUUGCUUGAAGUACACAAGGAUACCUUAGGUGAAGGAAGCAAAAUGGUUGAUACUACCACUAUGCUGUCCAUAUGUGAUCCAGUGCACAUUGUCUUGAUCAAAACAGACACCUCGGGUGAGACCACAUUAGUAGCAUCCUAUUUCUUAGAAUGGCGAUCUGUCCUUAGUGCAGAAAACAGGAUAACAAAUGUGGCAGUUGAACUUCUUGGUGUAGGUUCAGAAUCAAAGGUUUCUGUUGGAGUACUUAAUAUCAAACUUGAAAUCUAUCCAAAACUUAACAAGACUCUUUCUCAGGAAAUAGUUAAUACUCAGAUGUCUUUAGAACGGCAGAAAACAGCAGAAAAGGAACGUCUGUUUCUUGUGUAUGCAAAGCAAUGGUGGAGAGAAUACUUACAGAUCAGGACUUCACACAGUUCAAGACUAGUGAAAAUAUUUGCCCAGGAUGAAAAUGGGAUAAACAGGCCAGUAUGUUCAUAUAUUAGGCCACUUCGAGCAGGCCGACUUCUGGACACACCUCGGCAAGCUGCCAGAUUUGUCAACGUGAUCGGUUAUGAAAAAGCCCCUAUCAUUGGGGGAGGAAACAGUAAACAAGAACAAUGGUGUUCUCUUUUGGCCUUUCUCUGUAGAAACAAGGGUGAUUGUGAAGAUCAUGCUAACCUUUUGUGUAGUCUUCUAUUGGGAUUUGGGAUGGAAGCGUUUGUUUGUGUAGGAACAAAAGCUAAAAGCACUCCUCACACAUGGGUGAUGACUUACGGGACUGAUGGAAUAACUACUUUCUGGGAGAGUUUAACAGGACAUAGAUACAUCCACAAUCCUGUCAAACCUGAUGAUCCUCCAAAUGUUAAGCAACCCAAGGCACUAUAUCCUUACAGAACAAUAGGCUGUAUCUUCAAUCAUCAGAAGUUUUUGGCAAACUGCCAGCCUUCUGAUGCUGUAGAAAUUUGUAUCUUUGAUUUGCAUGAUGAAUCCAAAUGGAAACCAAUGAGUGGAGAAGCAAUCAAAUCUGUGUGUUCUCCAGGGGCCACAACGGCACUUCCAUCUUUUCCUCCUCUCUGUAGUUCCACAACAGAUGCUGCAUCAGCAAGCAAUGAACUAGAAUUGCAAUUUAGAAUGUUAGUCGUAGAACAUAGGAAGGAUCUUGGCCUUGCAACAGUUUGGGACGAUCAGUUGUCUUAUUUCUUGUCACCAGCUUUGGCAGCCUAUGAACUUGAACGUACAACAGGAAUUUCUUCAGGAAAUGAAGAAUUUCAAGAUAUUAUUAGGAGGGCUGUACCAGAUGGUCAUACAUUCAAAGGAUUUCCCAUUCACUUUGUGUAUAGAAAUGCUAGGAGAGCAUUUGCUUCAUGUCUUCGAUCUCCUUUCUGUGAAGAAAUUCUGUGCUGUAGAGGGGACCAAGUGAGACUUGCAGUUCGUGUCAGAGUAUUCACAUAUCCUGAAUCUGCGUGUGCUGUUUGGAUCAUGCUUGCUUGCAAAUACCGUUGUAUACUUUAAGAAUUUUUUUGCAUAUUUAGGUGAAAUUGUGUGUUAUCACAUGCAAACCUUAUAGAAAGUCAAAUAUUGUGUGUGUUAUGAAUGCAAGCUGAUCCUGGUCUCAAACCUGGUUAAAUAGAAUUCAUUUGGAUUGAUUUUAAUGGACUUAGUUUCUAUGUCUACUUACUGUAGAUAUAUACACUAAAGGAGCUAUUUAAGGCUAUGGAGGGUUCCCUCAUGUUGAAAGAUAUUGGGAUUGCCAUUCAGCUUCCUCAGCUUUCAAAGAGCUAACAGGAGGCAGUCUGUGAUAUCUGACAUUUUAGGGCCUUUAAAAAACACACACACCUGGAAUCACUAUUUUGGGUCCGUUUUAAAUUAAAGGAGGAAUUGGAAAUGAUUGUCUUCUAUAUGCUAACUGUUCCCAUCCUUAAAAUCCUGAAAAAAAGGCCAAAUAGGCCAAAAUUCAGCUAAAAAUGCUGAUUUUUAUUUUUCAGCGUUAACCUCUUUGGUUAAUUCUAUUUUUCAGAGUUAACCUCAUUUCAACUCACUCUCUUAAUUCUGAAUAAAAGCAGCAUCAGUAACAAAAAUCAUGCCACUUAAACUCGAGUAAAUUGCCUCCAGAUUUUGGCAGCACAUAUCACUCCUGAUUUCAGGAGAUUUUAAAAACAAAUAUUUGAAUACAAUAUGGUGGAUCCCUAAUAAAGGAUACUGCUAUACUGUUAGAAUUGAUCUGUGUAAUUUUAUACUGUAUAUCAUGACAGAAAUUGUAUAAUAUAUUUUAUAUAUUUUAUUGGAAUAAAAUCUGUGUUAAUAAUGAA